AUGUCCUGGUUCGGCCCCCGAGUCAACAGGGCUUUCAUGCGCGUCAGCCUCUGGCUUCGGUCGGGCGUAGAAGCCUUCAGAGACAACGUUUCUGAUGCUGUUGCUACUGCUGAUGCUGCCUUCGCUGAUAAUCAUUCUCCUGCUGCUGCUGCUGCUGCUGCUGCUGCUGCUGCUGCUGCUGCUGCUGCUGCUGCUGCUGCUGCUGCUGCUGCUGCUGCUGCUGCUGCUGCUGCUGCUGCUGCUGCUAGACGUGCCGCUUCCUCUUAA